AACUAGUACAAACUCCUGGUUCCCGUCGGUAUGAACGGCGUCAGACGCUUUCUCGGUGCGGCGACCACCACGGUCCAGGAGCCACCGCUACCACCACCACCACCACCACCAAUCGAUGCCAAUGGCCUACCUUCACUCACAUCUGGUCCGACGUGGCCGCCGCAGUCUCCGACCUCAACAAACGGAGUUACCUCACCCUUCGGAAGCCCAAAGAUGACGACGGCGGGUCUCUUUCUUAGAAAGGACAGGCAGAAACCGCCGCCUUUCAUGACGGACGAUGAUAUUGCGCCAAAGUCAUCGUAUCGUUCAUCAAAUAUGUCUACUAGCUCGUUCGCCAUUAUUUCCAACGGACAGUCACCUAAUCCUCCGAUCGCUGCGCCCUCACCCUCGCGAACAGCUCCCUCUCGGAUUGUUACCCGAAAGUCCGUGAAACCGUCAUCCGUAGACUCAGAACACAAGCGAUCAUCCAGUCGACUCAACAAUCGUGACGAACUGUUGCUCAGUUUGUUGGCCAGUGACGCUGUCGUGGACAGCCGAGAAUUUGAGAUCCUUGGUUUUGAAGAAGUCGACGAACUGAAGAAGGAACACCAAAUCCUCAUGUCUCGACUUGGCGCCAUGGAGAAGAAGCUCACGCUAGAAACAAAAAUCCGGGACGCUGCAGUAUCUUUGUCCAAGGUCAAUCAAUCGAACAAGAAAAUGUCCAAGCAAACCGAGGAACAGCUUGAGUCCGCUAAUCGCCGCGUUGAUAUUGCACAGAAGGAAUUAUGGCGGGUCUCGGAGCGAGCAAAUGAGAUACAUAAGCGCCUACUGGAACAUCGUGCGGGAGUUCUAAGCUAUUCUGUUUGCAGCAUGGAGAAAAAGAUGUCACCGUCGUCUGCAAACGGUCACAGCGUUCCUCACAAUCACCGCGAUUCCGGCUACGAGACCCCGAAUAGAAGCCUCUCACUCAGUCCAACAGCGACAUCUAUCACCGACUCUUCUUUCACCAAGUUUGAUGGCGCCCACUUUUUUGCAGGUCAUGCAGAUGCUAUCGUGCCGACGCGCCAACGUUCUCCGGAUUCUGCCGCCCGAGAAAUCUUCUCCCUCGAAGAGAAACUCAAGGCUGCGACCGAUUCGCUGAAAGCCGCAGGACAGAAACAGGCAGAUAUGGCGAGAGAGCUGUCUCAUUUAAAAUUUGAGAAAGAGCAAGUCGAGACGAUGAUGGAUAUAGAGCUACAGAACGCCCAGGACACCAUUGCCGCCCUAGAGCAGGAAAUGCCCAAGAUCGAGUCUCUGGAAAACGAGUUUCAGGAUCUGUUGGAGGAGAAGAGGGAUUGGGAACGCGAGCGGGAAGAGCAGGACCUGCGGCUGGCUGCUUUGCAGGAUGAAUUGAAGGCACUUGAGUCAUCCAAGGCUCAGGCUGCAGGAACCGAGUCGACAUUGGUACAAGCACAAGAGGCAUCACAGCGACAGUUGGAGGAGAAGGACGCCGAGUUGCGGCAACUACAAGUAGACUGGGAGCAGGAUCGAUUAGCUUGGGAUAAUGAGCGUGCACGCUUAGAGGACGAGAAGUUGGAGGAUCUGGCGAGACUACAGGACGAGAUGGACAGAGUACGGGAGGAAGAUGUUUCUCUAUUGCAAAAGGCGACCGACAGCCUUGAAGAAGGGCAAGCUCUGAUCCAAGCGCUCGUUCACAAACAUUCUGUGCCGUUAUUCUCUCGCGAGUUGUCUUUGAGGGCUCUCCUAUCUUCGGUGGAUCUUUAUCUUGAAAGAGUAGGCUCUAAUCCAGACUUAGAAAAGGAGUUGGAGGAAACAAGGAAGAAGGUUGAUGAAGAAGUGUCCAAGCACGAAGCUCUUCUUCACGAUCUCGAGGAAGCUCGACGUGAGCGAGAAGAUGCCAGGAAGGAGGCUCGUAUAGUUGCUCAGAAAAUGAAGGAGCAAUUGGAGUCGACCAAUGGUACAGUUCGCUCCCCAGUUAUACCGACCGCCACCUUUCCCUCCGAAUUUGUGGGAGAUGCCGCCAAGAUUGUCGCCAUCCUCCAACCUCUCUGGGCUAUGCUUCCCUCCCCCGAAGCGCGCGCCGCCAAAUUCAACAUUCAAAGACAAUUCCGGACUGGAUCACCAACGGCAUCAGCUCCUUCCAGUCCUAACGGUCUAGGUCACAACAACUCUGCCAAAUCUCUCUCAGAUCUGGAUGUGCGGUCCCUCAAGGCCCUCUAUGAUCUACGGUCAGGCCCAAGUUCGUCGCCUAACCCAGGAGCAUUCACAGUGGAGGCUUUUGCUUCCCGGGUACAAGCGCUGGUGGCAGAUGAUAGGUCGCUUAUUGAACGUCUACUUCGGUUCGCCCAGGCGCAUGAUCUAUUGAAGAAGAACGCCGAUCGCGCUCAAAAGUUGGCGCAGGAGGGCAGUUCUGCUUUGGAGACGUAUCAAAAGCAGGUGCGGAUGCUAGAGGACAGGAAUAUGAGCAUGGCAGCCAGAUAUGCUGGGUUGGAGGAUGAAAUGCAACGAUUGCAAGACAGCGUGGAUAUCAUCACGGCACAGAAGCUUGAGAUUGAAAUGCAGGCGGCUGAGCAGGCUGAAACAUGCCGGCAACUUACCGAGGCCAACAACACGUUAAGCGCUAGAGCGCUGACCUUGGCUGAAGAAGCCGCAUCUGCUCCGGAAGCCAUCAAAAAACAGCUGGAGGCCCAACUUACCGAGUCCCGUGCAGCAUUAAAGGCCGCACAGGAACAGCUCGAUGCUGUCGUUUCGUCGGAGCAGAACCAAAAGGCCACAUUGUUGGAUGAAUUGAAUACGAUGCAAACAGAGAAUGGUCAACUGAGAGCGCAGCUUCGGGCGGUGAAGAAGUGAUCUUUCUAGUACUGUUUCGGAUUCAGUUUGGAUACCCCCCUCACAUUUUUAUUUCCUUUUCGCUUUCUUGCAAACUCUAAUGUUAUUUCCACUGGCUGUAGUUUAUAUGUAUAUGUACGAUAAUAUAUUGUGUUGUAGAAAGUAACGCUUUGACGCCAUG